CUAAAAUGCUAAAGCUAAGCUAUAUACGUAUACGUAGUGACACCAUUAAAACAUAAAUCAUCUGAGCCGGACUAGAAACUCGAAGAAACAUUUCUGAAAAAAUGGCUGUUGAAGUUUGUGUCAAGGCUGCUGUUGGUGCCCCUGAGGUUCUUGGGGACUGCCCGUUUAGCCAAAGGGUGCUUCUUACUUUGGAAGAAAAAGAGGUUCCUUAUAAGAUGCAUUUAAUUGAUCUGAGUAACAAGCCUCAGUGGCUAUUGGAUGCGAACCCAGAAGGGAAGGUGCCUGUGAUCAGAUUUGGGGAAGAUGGGAAAUGGAUAGCUGAUUCUGAUGUCAUUGUUGGCCUUCUUGAAGAAAGAUUCCCUGUCCCUUCUCUUGCUAUCCCUCCUCAGUUUGCCUCUGUGGGAUCAAACAUAUUUUCCUCAUUCGUUAAGUUCUUGAAGAGUAAAGAUGCCAGUGAUGGGUCAGAGCAGGCUUUGGUUGAUGAAUUGAAGGCCUUUGAUGAACACCUCAAGGCACAUGGGCCAUAUGUAAAUGGUGAAAACAUUUGCGCAGUUGAUUUGAGUUUGGCACCGAAGCUGUACCAUAUGGAGGUUGCUCUCGGGCAUUUUAAGGGUUGGACCACUCCCUCAACCUUGACUAAUCUCCUCAGCUACAUGAAGUUGCUCUUUGCUAAGCCGUCUUUCGAGAAGACCAAGGCGGCAAAGGAACAUGUCGUUGCUGGAUGGGCACCAAAGGUUAAUGCAUGAGCUUGUUCCAAAUAUAUAUGCACAUUAUAACCAGGACUUGCAAUGUAUGUCGGUAUGAGACCUUAAUGUGUAAUAUGAUAUGCCUGUUACUAAUAAAUGUACUCUGGAUAUACAGAGAUUUAAUAAAUGUUUGCGGAUUUAAUGUCA